UCAAGUGCAUUUACUGAUCCUUGGUCAUAUUCGGAAUGCUAAUAAAGGUUGUGGAUUUUUCAUAGAAUGAAAGUGAUAUGUGCGAAAUAGAAGUAUCGUAUUAAGUCAAAGAAGAGCUAUGAAAUUCAGUAAGACUAAUACGCUUAGCUUUGUCAAGAAUAUUGCGUGAUCAGUACUAAGCAUUGAUUGUGCAUUCGGUUGCCAGUCGAAACCGCGAAGCCGAGAAUAAAAACAUCAUCGAAAGAAGCACGAGCUAAGGGAGUUCUUAUAGUAUGACGGUGAUGCUGCUGCAACGCUCCGCCACCCCGCAAUUGACGUAUAGCCAGAAGACAGCCGACAAUAAUAAUAGCAACGAGCCGCCAUUCCUAAUCCUCCUUGACAUUCAGGAACACACAGAACUCGAAUGUGAGAGUAGUGGCUACGAUACUUAUAGCAACAACAUCAAUAUCAACAAUACCGAUACCGGAGAGAGCACUGAGCGUAAAAACGUUGCAAUCAUUGGACGAAGCAGUACUUGUGGAUCAGCGUCAGCGUGUGGGGCAGGAGGCGCGUGGAACAAGUCACCUGGGAGUCGCGGAGGUCCGGCGCCGGGUAGCAUCGCAAUGCGAUACUAUCGAUUGUGGAUCUACGCCUGUAACAUAGUCCUGCUGGGCAGUGCGGUCGGAUUUGCUGCCGCGGUCUCCCGUACGCUCCUCUUCUCCGGAGAUCCAAGACGCUAUCUCGUCCCAGGUGUACCCCGAGCCUACGACCCAACGGCCCUUUAUGCCUACCUCGCCCUUGCCGUACAGCUUGGCCUUGUACAGCUGCUCGGUUGCAUAGCCGCUCGUCGACUCAGCGCUAAGCUCCUCAACGCAUAUUGGCUGCUACUCCUUGCACUCCUCUUUGGAGACGCGGUCAUUGGCGUCGCCUGGGUCUUCCGUUUCGAGAGGAUGCGCGCUGAUCUGAGACCGAGUUUGAGGCUGCGACUACAGGUAGAGUACAGCAAGGAAACGCGGUUCAGUGAGCAGUGGGACCAACUGCAGCGGGAAUUCUCAUGCUGCGGCAUAACGGGCCCCUUAGACUUUGAUUCGCACUGGCCGCAGAGCUGUUGCUCCUCGAGGGCAACGAUAUCCACCCCGAGCCUUGGUUCGGAAAACAACAUCAGUGACAGCAAAAGCAAUAACCUGACGUCGGACGAGCCUUGCCAAGAGCCGCACAGUCAGGGCUGCGAGGAGCAACUUGUGCAUUGGCUUAGAAAGACGGCAGAUCUGCUCUUCGUUCUUGGUUUCUGCGUCAUAGCUUUUACUAAGCUCUGUUUUCUGGGCAUAUUACGUUACGAGAUCCGUGAGAUGAUACAGAAGAUUAGAUUACUCAAGGAACCACCACCAGCAACGGUGCCCUUUCAGCAGCUCAUGGAAAUACCCAUAAACAACGGCAAUAUUGCUAGGAGAACAACUCUCCCUAUUGUAACAACUCACUCCACGCCUGGUACAACUGCCCUGUUUGUACAGACAGAGGAUUGCACGAAUAGCAAACAUCCACUGCUAGGUGGCAGUUUACAGGAUGGUGGAGCUGACAGUGAUACCAAUAGCCACUGCGCUCUCAUUCUCGAGGAGUCAACACCUCCAGCACAGCAUCACUCCACAGCCGCAAUUCGUGAGAAAAGUAACGGCAACAAUAAUUACGAGAUGUGCGAAUUCAACAGACGAUUACUUUUUUCCAAUGGCAAUAAUACUGUUGCAACGACGAUGGGUAAUCCAAGCAAUGGAUCCUCGAGCGCCCAAGCAACAACCCCAAGCCAACAAUUCAAACGAACUUGACUAUGGAGGCUAUGUCGCACGAACAGUAGCUGCUUUCACUUCAAUACAAGACGCAAUCGGCCCACAACACUACGAACCAUCUAAAACUAAUCGUCCGGAC